UUCUUUCCUCCCCCUGUUCUGAGUGUCUUCCAGCCAUGGCGAAGAAACGAAACAAGAAGAGCAAUGGUGCCGUUCGCAUGGAUUUCACCGAGCCCACCGUUUCGGAUGUUCAGCAAGCUAUGGACACGUCGGAGUCUGGAGCUUCGAAGUUAGAUUCCAGUGCUCUCAACAGAACUCAGAAGAAAGGAAGGCUGAUGAAGAGAGCAAAGAAUGUUAGGAAGUUGAAAGCCGUAGCCAAAGCCAUAUCUCAGAAUGAAAAGAUUGUUCAGAAACUUUCAAAGACUGUUCAGAAAGGGGAGAGAACUCAAGCUGCCAAGCUACUGUAUGACUGAAGGGCAAGGAGACUUUGAAAAGAAUUAGCCUUUGUUCGAAACAAAUUUAGAAUUCAAGUAAAAUUCAUUUGUAAAUUUAUAUUCAGUUUAACUAAAAUUAUGGUACAAAUUCCAUUAAAAUGUGAUAAAAUUGGUAGAAUUUAGAUUGCUAUAUAUCUUAAUUUCGCAUAA